AUGUGUUCUUCCUUGAUCUUCCUUCUCUUCCUUCUCCUGCUUUCUUCUUCUUCUUCUUCCUCCUCCCCCUCCUCCUCCAUUUCUCUCCAUUCAAACAUCAAUAAUAUGCUUCCACCUGAUGAGGCUGAUACCCUUUUCAAAAUCAUGGAUUCCAUGUCCAAUGACUUCACCUGGAGAGUUUCUUUCCCCAACCCUUGUCAACCUUCCUCUUCUUGGCCUGGAAUUGAAUGUAAACCAGGCAAAGAUGGUUUCCUCCAUGUCUCCAAGCUUCAUUUUGGCUCCAAACCAAACCCAUCUUGCAAGUACACUGCCACUUUCCCUUCUCAAAUCUUUUCUCUUCCUUAUCUUCAAUCUCUCUUCUUCUUCAAUUGUUUCACUCACACUCAAACCACCCUCUCUUUUUCACAAAACUCCAACUCUUCACUUCAACAACUCAGCCUCAGAUCAAACCCUUCACUUGUUGGUCCAAUCCCACCUCAACUUUCUUCUUUCAAGACCUUACAAAUCCUUACAUUAUCACAAAACCGCCUAAUUGGCUCAAUCCCUGUUAAAAUUUUCAGCUUGGAUUCUUUGUUACACCUUGACUUGAGCUAUAAUUUGGUGACAGGUACUAUACCAGUCCAAGUGGGGAAUCUCAAAAAUCUUGUAGGGCUUGAUCUCAGCUACAACUCACUUUCUGGCUCAAUCCCGAUCACAAUUGGCCAACUGGGUAUGCUUCAAAAGCUUGAUUUGAGUUCAAAUUUGGUUAGUGGUAGCAUCCCUGACAGCAUUGAGCAACUGGGUUCAUUGGUUUUUUUGGCUUUGAGUAACAACAAAUUGAGAGGAAGAUUUCCAAAAGGUUUGGCAAAGUUACAAAGCUUGCAAUAUUUCAUUAUGGAUAAUAAUCCCAUGUUUAUACCUCUGCCUAUAGAGUUUGGUAAACUAGUGAAGUUACAAGAACUGAGACUUGUAAGUUCAGGGUAUUCAGGUUCAAUCCCACCAAGCUUUUCACAGCUUAAAAAUUUAAGCUCUUUAUCUCUGGAAAACAACAGAUUAACAGGUGAAAUUCCAGUUGGUUUUGCCACUCUCUCUCACAUUUAUCACUUGAAUCUCAGCAGGAAUUUGUUGGAUGGUGUUGUUCCUUUCAAUGCAACUUUCUUAAACAGAUUAGGCAGAAAUUUGGAGCUGACUGGAAACCCUGGUCUUUGUUUGAGUCCUACUGAGGCUUAUAGUGUCAAGAUUGGAAUUGGGAUUAGUGUUUGUGGAAGCAACAAAAAUGGUUCUUUGGUUCAUCCAUUCAACAAAUCUGAAGCAGCUCCCAGUGGUUCUGAUCAACUUUCAAAUUCAAUAUUAAUUAUUUCUAUUGUUGCUUUGCUUGUCCUUUCUUUCUUUACAUUUCAUAAUUAA